AUGCAGAAAGCGCCAUUAGAUUUGAGUAGUAGCGGGAGGUACAAAGAAAUGAAUGCUAAUAUUUCAAAACUACGACGCUCUUAUCCUUGCCAAUAUUGUAACAAAUAUUUCGAUAGACCCUCUCUGCUUACAAGACAUUUGCGAACGCAUACAGGUGAAAAACCGCAUAGUUGUUCGAAAUGCGGUAAAACAUUUAGUACCAGUAGUUCUUUAAAAACACACGAAAGAAUACAUACCGGUGAACGUCCCCAUAAGUGUCAGUAUUGCGGAAAACGCUUCACGGCCUCGUCAAAUCUUUACUAUCAUCGGAUGACUCAUUUUAAGGAUAAGCCACAUAAGUGUACAGAAUGCGACCGUUCAUUUUCAACCCCCGGCGAUCUCCGAGCACACGGAUAUUCUCAUAGCGGAAAUUGGCCUUUUAGAUGUUCCAUAUGCAAUCGAGUAUUUCCUAAAAAAGGAACUUUUAACAAUCACAUGAGUAUCCAUGGAGGUGAACGUCCCUAUAAGUGUCCCGUAUGUAACAAGAGAUUUUCUAUUAUUGGAAAUUUACGAUCUCAUCAAAGAACUCGUUGCUCGCAACUUCCUUUAACUAAUUUAACAGUUUCCGGAAACGUUGAACCAUCGAUUAUUCCGGAAAACGUACCAUGA